AUGAAUUCAAAUCCAAGUUUUAAUUGGGAAAAAUUGCAGAAUAUAUAUUACAGAAACAGAGAAUUGACUACUCUAGAUUGGCCAGAUAUAAUUAAACAUAAAUUUACUGGCGAUGAUAGUAGUAAACGAUUGAUAUUUUGCACAUCUUUAUGUUUUAUUGCUAUAUUUAUUGAUGAAAACAUUGAAAUUUAUGAUCACAAAGGUACCCUAAUAAAGACUAUUCCAAUAAGAUUAAUUGGAAAGUCUCAAUUGGUUGAUAUUCAAUUCAAAGAAAGAUUGGGAUUAAAUUUAGUAAUUGUAAUGGAAGACUCGAUUAGAUUAAUCCAAAAUUGGGAUAAGUUAGAUAUCCAAGUAAUAAAUUUACCAAUUGAUGUUGCUGACACUAUAUGGGAUUAUAAAAACGAUGUAGUUAUUUUAAAAUCAAAUCAAGAUAUAUGGAAAAUUAAUUGGGAUGAAAAAACUUUUGAAUUGUUGUACAAGAAUAAAAGUAAGACCCACAUAUCCUCUACUAAUACUAGCACUGUUAAUAAGAAAAAUAAUAUUACUAUCCCUAGUAGCAAUGAUCCACUAAUUCUAAGUUAUAAAUUAUUGACUAGGAGUCACUGGGAUACUUUUCAAAAUAAUAAAAUAAUAUUAUUAGAUAUUAAUCAUAUCUUUGAAUUUGACUGUACAGAAAGAAAAAUGGUACAACAUAAAAAGCUGCAUAAAUGGCAUCUAUUGAGUGUAUCCAGUGAUGGUAAAAUAUGUCUUUUUAAUUAUAAAUAUAAUAAAUUUCGAAUAUAUGAGAAUUUUUUAGAAGAUCAUUUAACUGAAGUUACGUUAGAUGAUCGCCAAUCAUCACCAAAAUAUAUGAAAUGGUUACCGAACAAUUUAGUUGGUUUAAUAUUUGAUGAUGAAGUAAAAAUAUACUCCAAAGAUGGUUCAUAUAUCACAUUUUGGUACCCAGAUUAUAUAAUAUCUGUAGAUUCCGAAAUAGACGGGUUGAAAGUUAUCACCACAACAAACAUAAAUUUGAUCACCCAAGUGAUGCCAUCAACUGUGGGGAUUUUUAAAAUUGGAUCUACAGAACCUGGUGCAAUGCUAUUGGAUUCGUGGAAAUUAGUAUCUGAAAAUCCGGCAAAGGCUAUUGAAAGAUUAAAUCAUUUUAAUUUAAGACAAGCUGUAGAUGAUUGUAUUGAUGCAACAAGAGAUGAGUUUGAUCCUAAUAUUCAAAAAAUUUUAUUAAAUGCUGUUGUAUUUGGCAAAAAUUCAUUACCUUAUAAAUCGUAUGAUUCAACAAAAUUUGUCAAGACUUGUAAAUUAAUGAAAUUAUUAAACACAUUUAAAUUUGUCAACAUUUUCUUAUCUGAAAAAGAGUAUGAAUUUUAUGGAUUACAACAAAUAAUUAAGAUUCUAUUUUUGAUGAAUCGAUAUGCUGUAAUUAUAGAGAUUAUCAAAAUGACUGGAGAAAGCAAACUAUACCCAAUAUUAUUUUUCAAUUGGUGUGCGACAAAGAUAAAAUUAUCAAGCGAUCUAGAAGAUGAUGAAUUAUUAAACAUCAUUCAAAGGCAAUUAGAGGAACUUCCAAAAGGCGUUCAAGCACCUAUGUCUAAGGUUGCCCAGGUGGCACUUUCUGAAGGAAGAUAUACAUUAUGUCGCAAUUUAUCAUUAUUAGAAUCUAAUCCAGUAGGUAAAAUUAUGACAUUAUAUUCAUUAGAUGAUGACUCCAUAGCUAUAAAAGAAGCUCUAAAUACUGAUAAUCCAGAAUUAAUAAUUUCAUUAUUAUUAAUAUUAAGAGACAAAUUAUCACCGGCACAGUUGGCCAAAUUAUUAAUAUUAGAUGCUUCAGAUAAUCAAUUAUAUUGUUAUUAUAAUAGACAUAACCUCAAUUUCUUAAUGGAUUUCUAUACUCAAACUGAUAAAUAUUUAGAUUUAUCGUAUUGUAUUAUUGAACAAGGGGAAAAACAAGGCGAUAUUAAUGCUAUUCUCCCACAAGUAAAAGAGUUAUUCAAUAAAUUCACUCAUAAAAAUUCAUUAGAGACGUAUGAUGGAUUUUCACUAUCAAGAAAAAUACAACUAAAUAAGUUCCAAGAGUUACUAACGAAUAUUCUUGGUUCAGAUUUCACUCAAUUUACAUUAGAUGAGACUCUAUACAAAUUGAUAGAAAUCAAGCAAGAUAAAUAUGUUAAGGAGUUAUUGAAGACUUUUAGAAUUACCGAAAGAAAAUAUUAUCAUAUCAAAUGUAAAGCACUUGUGGAAACAGAAAGAUUUGAUGAAUUGUUACAAUUUGCUACUGAUAAAAAGUCACCUAUUGGAUAUGAAAUAUUUUAUCGAAGAUUAAUGGACAAAGGUCAUAAAGAAGAAGCCUUAAAAUAUAUUGACAUGAUCCCUAAUUUAUCUACUGAAAAAAGACAGCGAUUAAUUCAAAAUUGCAAAUAG